AUGUCAGAUUCUACGGAGCAGUCGGUAAUUAAACCGGAAACGAGCAAGCGUUUUGAACGCUUUUAUUUGGGAAAAUAUACUCGGCAUUCGACUUGUCCUGUAUUUCUUACGCUCAUUUUGUUGGCCGUGAUAUUUAUACCCAUUGGUGUUGUUGUCAUUAAGGCAAGUGAUUCUGUUUUUGAGUUAAGUAUAAGAUACGAUGAGACAAAUAACUAUCAAUACCGAGUUGGUCCCGAUGGUAAGUAUCCGCAUAAGUUUAGGUUCAAUAAUUCCAAUUUUUCUACUGGAGCUCAUGUUAGUAGAAACUUUACUCUUUUGAAAAGUCUGGCGUCCCCUAUUUACUUGCAAUAUGCUUUAGUUGGGUUUUAUCAGAAUUAUCGACGUUAUGCAUUUUCACGAAAUUUGGCCCAGCGAGAAGGAAACGCUUACCCUGUUUCAGCAGCAUGUGAACCUUUUCGUUUCCCUGGAGAAUAUCAUAACCGGAGGAUUCUUGGUAUUUAUUUUCCAUGCGGCGCAAUUGCUUGGAGUCUCUUCAAUGAUUCAUUUAGUUUAUAUCGAUUAUCUGAUGCAUCUAAAAGCAAUAUUAACUCUCAAGUUUUUGAAAAUGCCAAGUUGAUUUGUGAUGGAGGGGCAUUUGACGCAGCAGGCAACAGUUUGAAUGAAAAAAACUUGUGUAUAAAAAAAGGAAUUGCAUUGUCUAGUGAUGUGAGGUUGUUUCACCCUCUAACAGAUGGGAAGAAAGAUAGCGCGGUAUGGAGGUUUGGAGGCGAUCCUGCUGCAAAUGACCCUUACCAGAAAGAAGGAUAUUAUUAUGAAGAACCUGGACACCCAAUUCCCUCAAAUGUUGAUGAAGAUUAUAUUGUAUGGUCUUCUUUAUCAUAUAUGAAGGAUUUUACAAAAAAAUACCGUAUCAUCACGACAGAUUUGGUACCUGGUAAUUACUUGAUUGAUAUCGUGGAAAACUUUGAUGUUUUUUCCUUUUCUGGUGAGAAAUAUGUGAGUCUAGUGACACGUUCUUGGAUCGGUGGGAAAAAUUACGUUUUGGGUAUAUUAUUUCUUCUUAUGGGCUGUAUUUCUUUCGUUCUUUCCCUAAGUUUUAUAAUUGUGCAGUAUUUACACUCAAAAAGAUGCUAG